AUGGCCAAGAUUGAAGUUAUAAAUGAAAACGUCAAUGAUACUCUAGAGUCAACGUCAGCUCGUAGGAACACAUUAGCAAGAACAACAAUCGCCUUACCUGAAGUAAGAUGCUGUAACAAUCAAAGACAAAAACUUUGGCGCAUCUUUCUGCCGAUCGCAGCUGUUAUACUGAUAAUCAUAAGUGUUACAGUUCCGGUUGUGAUUAUUGGCAAGAACAAAAGUAAGAAAUUAACUUCGCCAGAAACAACAACAGCGACACUGUCGUCGUCACCAACAACAAUUACAUCGACAUCAGUGCAUAUUUCUUCUGCUUUCGAAACAACAUCUCGAGUGGCCAGUGCAACAACUGAAUUGCCAUUUACAUCACUGUCAACACUUUUGACUACCGAAUCUACUGAACAAAUACAACCCUCGCCAGGAGAACUAGUUCAAAUUUCACUCGAUACCGUUGACGGAAUAACAAUGGGCAUAUACAAUACUACAAUUGGUGGAAAUAGCUUGCCAGCAACUGCUGGCAACGCAGUUGGACAGUACGUAGUUCGACAUCCGCCAAGUUAUGCAUGUGAUAAUAAUACAAAAACCAAAUAUCAAAGUUUUGGAUGGUGCUCCUUAUCCAACUUUAAUAUAUCUGGAUGUGGUCACAAUACUGGUUUGUAUUUUGAACUAGAAUCUGGUGCAACACUAGUCAUUGGAUUGAGAAUAUGUGAAGCAAUAUCCCGGCGCGCGCGCAAUCCGAAAAUAGUGUCACUGGAAGGGAGCAACCAAUCUGGAAUUGAUCUCACUCUAGGAGCAAGUUGGACUCUGAUUUAUCAAGGUUCCGCUGAAGUGUAUGAUAUUCCUUCUCAUGAAGACUGUGGUCGAAUAAUAACAUUUACUAACACAGUUCGAUACAGCAGUUAUCGGUUUCUCGUUCUAGAAACUGUUUCAAAAGCAGACUCUACGGACUAUUCUGAAGUGCAACUAUACACAAGUACAGUUGUAUAA